UUCCCUCAUACCGACAAUGAAAAUUCAUACGCGAGAUCUUACUCUUGUGAAGUGGAGAUUUGUAGUAAAAGAGGAAAACGAAACAGUCGAGCUGUUUGGAAGCACCCAGGAGCACGCCAAUGUGGAUUUUCUUCCGAGACCGAUCAUGAUGGAGUAGUGAGAGUGUCGAGUUAUUAUAGCUUCUCAUUUUGCAUUGAGUGUGUCACACAAGUUUGUGUAUUAUGGUGAUAUGUGAGACUUUUGCUUCGAGAUCAUCCAUCAGUCUGUGCUGUGCAUUACAAUCGAGCGCUUCAUACAUUUAUGAUUAACUUACGAUCGGAUUUGAUAUUUAUGGCAAGAAAGGACUUUUCUUUUAACCAACAGUGAUAGAAAUUACUUUUUUUUAACUUGCGGCUUCUUUAAAUUAAAAACAUAAUAUAUUUUUAUCAUUUUCUAAAAAAAAAAUUAAUCAAAUCACAACUCAAUGUUUAAAAAAUCAACAUAAUGUUGAUGGUGGCAUGAAAAGUGAUCUUUUGCAAAAAUAGGAAGAUAGGACUUCUGUGUGCAAAAGUUGUGAAAAAAUCUUUAUUGAAUAACAAAACAAUAAUAUUAAUUGUGAAAAAAUAGUAAUAAAAUAGAAUUUCUACUUAUUCGACAUACAUACUUUGCAGUCUCAAGAAGUGUGGUCUCUUGGAAAUGGAUCCAGACAACCAAGGCCAGCAGUAUGGAGAAGUAAAUCAGCUAGGAGGCGUCUUUGUGAAUGGACGUCCACUGCCAAAUGGCACACGGAUGCGGAUUGUGGAACUAGCACGUCUAGGCAUCAGGCCGUGUGAUAUUUCGCGUCAAUUGCGCGUUAGCCAUGGAUGUGUGUCGAAAAUUCUGGCACGCUACCACGAGACAGGAUCAAUUCUUCCAGGCGCUAUUGGAGGCUCAAAGCCUCGGGUCACGACCCCAAAGGUGGUCAACUACAUUCGAGAGCUGAAGCAGAAGGAUCCCGGUAUAUUUGCAUGGGAAAUUCGCGAUCGAUUGCUAUCGGAGGGGGUGUGCGAUAAGAACAAUGUACCCAGUGUGAGUUCAAUAUCGCGGAUCUUGCGGAAUAAAUUGGGCAAUCUUGCGGGACAUCAUGUUGCCACAGCUGCGGGAUCUCCGGCACACCAUCAACACAUCUACAACUCCAUCUAUCCCCCAUAUGCCGCCUACGGGGGUGCCACACUCAAGGGCGGCGGUGGUGGACCUGUUUGUGGUAGUCCAUCACCUCCGCAGUCUGCCACAUCCCUCCGUGCGGGUCACUGUUGGCCCUCUUCGCACUCCGUCACCGACAUUCUUGCUGGGGUUCACCAUCAAGCUGCUGUGGCGGCUCUCAGGACGGCUGGCCCAUGUGCUGGGAGUCCCCUAACAACUGUGCCCACAAGUCUUCCCACCACGCACAUGACGGACCACAGUAGCCAGAACUCCUACAACUACUACAUGUACAUCCAGAAUAGCGGAGUCCAUCAACCUGUAGACUGCAAAUACGUCUGAAACCCGCCAAUGGGUGGUUGAGUGACUAUGUGUGGGGAAACGGACAGGAGUAGUGUGAGGAAUAAAGGCUCUGAUACAGUGUCGGGAUUUACAGUGCAUGAAGGAAAAGCACUUACACAGGGUGAUUCAUUAUAUUUCUCCUUCCAAAGCAUAAGCAUAAGAAAUUUUUAAUAAUUUCAUCUCUAUAAUUGAAACUUUUUGCUUAAUGUUGUUAAAAUUCUAUAGAAAAAGAACAUCAAAGUUAAUCUCAGGACAAAAUAAAACCUGCCACUAUGAGCUUCAGGUUGAUCUCUUGUAUAGAGCAUAAAUUCUUAAGUUUUUGGAUUUAAAUUAUUUGAGAAUCACCCUGUGGUUAUGCUAAAUAAGUAUUUACUUGGAGAUAUGGAGUAAUCAAUUUUCUCAUUAAUGCAGCUCCGUAUACGAUAAUUUUAGCCAAAAUUACGCGCUUAUCUCGCUGCAAUUUUUAUCAUUUAGUGCAUAGGGAUAAAGCAUACACAGAAUUUCUUACACAACCUUUAUGAUCAUUUUAUGAAAUACUUGAUUAUCUUUAAUAUAAUCACAAAUUAAAAGAAAUAAAAACUUCAUCGUCAUUUGUACGGCAAGUAAAUUAGAUAAUGAACAUAAAGGCUGGGGAUAGACAAUGCUCGCUGUGUAGAAAAUUCAGUGUAAGAUAUAUAAAAGAAUUUUUAUAUAAGGAUUAGGUGUAAGGCAACCUUCUCAAGCAAUCUCGAGGAGGAAUAGUGUGGUAGAAAUGUGUAAAGCAUAGAUGUGUAAUUUAAUGGUUUAUUUAAUUAAAGACAUUGUAGGCAAGAAAAGCGUCAGAGAAGAAC